AUGUCUUGGACAGAGACCUCCGCCGGACAUUGGGAACGGCCCCUCGGUUUGAUCGAGAAAGUCCCCCUCGUCGUCAGCGCUCAGAGCUUGAGACCCGGUCGUGAGAAUUGGUACGAGACGAUGAUCGCCAAAGUGAGCUUCGAUCCCAUCCUAGGCUCUCCAGCAGAUGCUCUUCGAAAUGGCUGGAAACAAAUGCGCUACGCAUUCCCCGAGAUCGCGGCUUCGGUGCGAAAUGGGAUAUACGUUUACGAAGUGCCCACGACGCCUGCGGCUGUUGAAGAUUGGCUGGCUGAAACAUGUGUGGUGGUUCAAGAGAAUUUGACCGCGGAUGAGUUCAUGCAGAGCUUACCACCUAGCAAGUUUAUGACGCUUCAUUUUCUUCCCCAUACUUCGGAGGUUAUUAUGAGCUCCUCGCACUUCCGGCUCGAUGGCCCUGCCUUCAUGGUUCUUUUCAAUUACCUCACACAUGCUAUGGCUAAACCCGAGCCCUACGAGUUCGGUACAGAGCCCGCAAAUCUUGCCCCUAGUUUCGAGGUCUCUGCCUCUGUGCCUCAAGCACCAUACACGCCUGAGAUCGAGGCAGCCGCCAUGUCGCGACUUAUGGCUUUCUCUACUCAACUGCCUCCAGUUACCUUGAAACCAACCUACAGUCUUCACUCACCAGCUGGCGUGUCUGGGCGUGCAACUUUAACCAUCUCCACAUCGGAGUCGAAAGCCAUCAUCACGGCCUGCAAGGCUCAUGCUCUGACUGUCAACAUGGCGCAGCAUUCAGCUCUCGUCAGUGCCGUGGUAGCGCUUGAAGGUCCCACACCCGCAGGAGUUGUGGAGCGUGCAUUUUCUGCUAUCGCUGCAUUUGGCUUGCGCAAAUACUGCAUAGCCACUACUACCAGGACGGUGCCUUCUGGUGGUGCUGCGGCUACCAUCGCGUCAUCUGGGAACGUCUAUCCCAUCAUGGUCACAGAUGGCUCCUUCCAUUCGCAUGCCACGCAGCUGAAAGAGAUUUAUGCACAGGGCUUUGAUGCUUUCUUGCCUUCAAUGAGCUGUGCCCAAGAGAAGAUGCUGCCCAUGUUGGAGAAGCCGAUGCCAGCCGAAAUGCCCGGGCAAACUGACCCCGUGAUGAGCGGCUUGGGUGUGGUUGAUAGAAUGAUCGCAUCGGAAGUGAGAAAUGAGACAGGAGAAAUUGUACUGAGAGUCGAGGAUUUCUGGGUUGGUAUGGAAAUACUUCAAAGGGCACCGCAGCUUUUCUUCUGGACUUGGAAGGGGCAGCUCGUAUGGACAGUUUGCUAUAACGAGGCAUAUUGGAGUAAAGCCGAUAUGAAUAUUCUCCUAGAAGAGACAAAGCGGCAGUUGAUUCAGGGGCUAGGCAUUGUGGACUUGGGCGAAGACAAGAAACCAACGACGUAA